AAAAGAAAGAAAAAGACCAAACAGAAUGUCAGAACAAGAAGAAGAAGAAAGACCAAGUGCGGUUACAGGUUCGAUAAGUUUCGAUCUUCCCGAGGAAGUCCUUCAAGUCUUACCCUCCGAUCCCUUCGAGCAGCUAGAUGUGGCCCGCAAAAUCACAUCCAUUGCUCUCUCGACACGUGUCUCUGCUCUCGAAUCAGAGUCGUCCGAUCUCCGUGAACUCCUCGCCGACAAAGACAAGGAAAUAACCGAGCUUCAAUCACACGUGGAGUCUCUCGACGCCUCUCUCUCCGAAGCGUUGCAAAAGCUUUCUCUCGCCGAAGAUGAAAAGGAGAAUCUUGUGAGAGAGAACUCUUCGUUGUCAAGUACUGUGAAGAGACUCCAGAGAGAUGUCUCUAAGCUUGAGGGUUUUAGGAAGACGCUUAUGAUGUCACUUCAAGAUGACGACCAAAAUGCAGGAACAACACAAAUCAUUGCUAAGCCAACACCAAACGAUGAAGAUUCUCCAUUUCAACCUUCAAGAUAUUCAUCAAUCCAGUCCCAAGCUUCUGAAGUUGUUGAACCAGCAGACAACGAAAAUGAAGCUCCUAAACCGAGUUUAUCAAACAGUCUUCCAUUAGUAUCUCAGACUGCUACGCCUCGGCUUACUCCUCCUGGUUCUCCACCAACAUUAUCAGCUUCUAGUACUCCUAAAACGACUUCAAGACCUAUCUCUCCUCGACGCCAUUCUGUAUCAUUCUCUACCACUAGAGGGAUGUUUGAUGAUAAUAGAUCUUCUGUUUCAAUCUCAGAGCCUGGAUCCCACACCGGACGAACUAGGGUUGAUGGAAAAGAGUUCUUCCGACAAGUCAGGAGCCGGUUAUCUUACGAGCAGUUUGGUGCGUUUCUUGGAAAUGUCAAGGAUCUUAACGCUCACAAGCAAACAAAAGAUGAAACGCUUAGAAAAGCUGAAGAGAUAUUUGGAAGUGACAACAGAGAUCUGUAUGUCAUCUUCGAGGGUUUGAUCACUCGCAACGCUCACUGAGAGUUUGAAUUCUUGUGUUACACGUAAAGAAAAAUCAUAUACUCAGGAACUCAAAAUUCAAUUUCUUUGUUUUCUUUGCUGUCAAGUAAGACCAAGUGAAAACUUAAUUUUAUUGUACCCGUUGAGCAUGUCUUGUAUCUAUCUAUCUAUCUCUUUUUUUCCACAUCUUCAAUAAAUUACUUUUCAAUCUUUA